UAUAGAUAUACGCCACUCUCUCAGACUCUGGACGGGUCCCUCCACUCCUUGCUCACCAUGUCCAUCUCUCUCCCAAACGGCACCCUCCUCGCCGCCCCCUCCUCGAACCAGGUACAGCUCUCCGCAGCCGUCACUCGCAUCCUCCAUCUCGCAAACUUCUCCCCAGAGUAAGCCUCGACGCCCCCGCAUGCCACGUAUGCUCACCCAGAUCCAGGCUCAAGACCCGCGACCUCCAGCUCAUGUUCAAGGACUGGGAGAGCGACAAAGGGGGCUACAGGAUCAAGUGGCUCGACGACACCAACGCCUUGAUCGUCUUUGCCGAUGCCAACGUCGCCAAACGCGCAUACCUCUCCUUCCUCCUCCACCCGCCCUCUGCCUUCUCGGGCCUCAUCCGCCCCUACGACCGCCCCGACGCAGCCGCCAUCAUCCAAUCCCUCGCCGCCCGCUCCCUCGGCCACCGCUCAGGCAUGUCCUCCGUCGCCCACAUGUCGGGCCAACCCUCCAUCUCUGGUCCUCCCGCCCCCUUCCCGUUCCCCGCCAACAACGACCCUGCUGCGCCCCAGGUGCAUAGCCGCGCCAUGAGCGUCACCAACGCGCACCACCAUUCCAAAUCCGGCUCCAUCUCGGGCUUGCCCGGGGGUGCUGGGGCGCCGGCUGGUGGUGCGGCGGGGGGCGUGGCGGGUGCGCCGAGGAGAGCAGGACAUGGGCGUUCGGGAUCGGCGUCUUCGUCGUGGGGACGCAAUUCCAUCUCUGGUGCGCUCAACGGCUUGAGCAGCGGACUCGGGUCUCUCGGAGGCAGCGCAGGGCUCGCAGGCGGCGCGCUCUCCUUCCCCAACGCUUCUUCCAAACCCACCCUCCCCACACACGAUGAAUCAUCCGGCGGGCCACCUUCCCGCUCGGCGAGCACCUCGAGCGGCGAAGCCGUCUUGCUCGUCGACCCGAGUGCGCGCACGGGGAUGAGGACAGCUUCGGCUACUGGGAGUGUGGAGGGUGGUAAUAGGCCGAGGAGGGAUAGCGUCAGCGCGGACAAGGCGUUGAGGGAGGUGCAGAAGGCGUUGGCGGCUACGAGCUGAGCUCUUGUCUCCCAUCUACAAUCACACCGUGAAAGCGUUACACCGUGUACGAUAUUUGAUGAUCAACAAACCGACCAACCGCAUUUUUCGAUAGCAACUCUUUAUGCUACACACGAAAACCCUAUUUGUAGCACAAAAGUCAAUCUUUCGACUCUUCUUCUGUACAUAUCAUUAACACCUUUGACUCUACAUCACAUCAAACCCUAUGCAAGUGUUAUGAGAUA